AUGCGCGAGAAGGGGAAUUUGAAGGCGAUUAAGAUGGUGGCCGGCGGUGAAAGCGGCACCAGUGGUGGUGGUGGGGAGGCCGGGGGGGACACGUAUGCUGUUGUUGUUGACGCUGUGAGCGCGGAGAGCAGCAGCGUCCACGUGUACAGAUUUGAUUCGCGGAUGGAGCUGGCCGAGUUUCAGAAAGGGUCUGAAAUGGUGCACUCGGUGAAGCCUGGCCUGGGUGCGUAUGGGGAUAACGCCACAGCAGCAGCAAACAGCCUGCGACCGUUGAUGAAGAAGGCACUUAAAGCCGUGCCUGAGUUCAUGAGACCAGUCACACCCGUUCUUGUCAGGGCCACUGGAGGGCAGGAACAGCUGUCAAGAGACCAGGCUGGCAAGAUCCUCGCAGAGGUGAGGAGAAAAAUCCCCUCCCUUGAUCCUCAUCCCUCGUUCCCCACUACCCCACCCUGCCCUCCCCAUCCCCCUCCUCCCUCCCCGCUCCCCCUCCCUGCUCCUCCUCGCCCUUCCCCCCUCCCCCAUCCCCUUUCCCCACCCCUCCUCUUCCCCCAGAUCCGCCAGAUGCUGACGGAGUACCCGUUCCCCUUCAGCCAUGGUGACGUCAGCACGCUUGGUGAUACAGAUGCGGGCUUCUUUGCCUGGACAGCUGUGAACCAUCUCCUGGGAAACCUGGGAAAGCUUCAGGAAAAGCACCUGAAAAUCCACCUGGAGCCAACAGUGGCAGUCGUGGAGCUGGGGAAUACCAGCGCCCACGUGGCAUAUGCUGUUCCUGCUGACGUGGCGGAUAAGUUGCCAGCUGGAAACGUGAGAAUGCUGCGCGAUUCGGGAAGCACCCACCAUGUCUAUGUGCGCAGCAUGCAGGGCUAUGGGCUGAUGGCAGGGAGAGCAUUGGUGCUGCGAGCUGCUAAUGACACCCAGGGCCAUCCGUGCAUGGGCUCUCAUGGCACAUCCAAGCAAAGCAGCGACACUACCCCUGCCUCCCUGCAUGCAGCCCUCUGCUCCAAGGCCACACUCCACGCCCUGCAACAGGGAGCAGCAGCUGGUGCGGCAAGCACCACCACCAGCACAACUGCUUCGUCCUUCUCCGCCCAGGAUUCUCCUCACGCUCACACCCACGCGGCUUCUGCCGAUGCAUCAUUGGAUCCCAUGCUCGGCUCUCCUACACAUGUGUGUCCGCCAGGCCGUGCCUGCUUGCUGCCCACGGCACUGGAUGGGCUGCUGGGGGGACCACGUAGAGGAGGUAGAGGAGGGGAGGGCGCAGUGCGGCAGCUGGUCGUCACCUCGGCUCUUUUUGACACAGCGCACCAGGUGACCUGUGUGCUUGUGUUUUGGUGGGAGGUUUCAAGAAUGGUGCGGGCACCGGGUGUGGGAUGGUAUGCGGGGUGGACGGGGGCAGAGUUGAUCGCCUUCAGUGCAGCUUCAAUUGACAGUGCAAUGAGUGGGUUUGGUGUAACAGGCGGUUCUGUGUGUUUUGCACUUCAAUGCCCCAUGAUUGCCUCUAAAAUUUUGUGUUUUCUAUCGACGCCCCCUCAUGUCCCUGAUGCCACAUCUUCUCCACAUUUUUCCAUCAUCCACUAA